AGAGAGAGAGAGAGAGAGAGAGAGAGAGAGAGAGAGAGAGAGAGAGAGAGUCUGCGAGCUGGAGAGCAGGAGUCGGGUCUGGAAGCGCAGGAUAGCGCCCGCCGGGAGAGCAGCUUCCUCGCCGGGAGGGGAGCCCCGCGCCCCCGCGCCCCCGCAGCCCCGAGCCCCGCGCCGCCGGAGCCCCCGCGCCCAGCCCCGCGCCGCCGCCAGUUCCAGUUGGGCUGCAGCCGCCCGGGAAGCGCAGGGCGCAGGAGCGCGCGGGGAGGCGGCCGGGUCCCGCUCGGCGGCGACGUGGAGAAACUUCCCGGGGGCUGCGGCGGCGAGGCGGCUUCGGGGCUGGUCCGAGCGGCCCUGCGGCCCCGGGGAAGCCCGGGCUCCACGCCCCCGCAGCCCCGCAGCCCCGCAGCCCCGCGUCCGGACAGAGGGAAAUAUCACAGUUGGUCCAACUCAGAAUUUGCAGGUGUGAAGCUCCUAGCUUGAUCCUCAGAUAUAUAAGUCCAUCUGAUGUACACAUGAAAGGAAGUGAUUGAAGGAGAACUCAGAUGGCAGUUCUGUGACUGAAAUUAUCUGACAUCGAGUCUUCAUAUGCCCUGUCAAUUAUAUUUGCGCACAUCCAGAGUAUGUUAGGAGAAUGAAGACUAAAGUUUAAAUGUAUCCAUGCGACUCAAACACACUUGCCUCCUGUGAACUAUAAAAAUGUAUACGCCGUUAAUGAAUAGCACAUCAAAAUUUCCAUUCACAGAAAAGAAAAGUGCCUGUGGUCCAGGAGGUGGCGCAGUGGAUAAAGUAUUGGACUCUGGAACAUGAGGUUCUGAGUUCGAUUUCCGGCAGCGGCACAUGUACCAGACUGAUGCCUGGUUCUUUCUCACGUAUCCUUGUCACACACUGAAGAUGCCUAUAGCACUUGUAUAAAGUCUGAUUGAUCCGAACAUCUGUUUGGUCGCUUUCCAUCAUGAACCGUGCAUUUAGCAGGAAGAAAGACAAGACGUGGAUGCACACGCCUGAAGCUUUAUCAAAACAUUACAUUCCUUAUAAUGCAAAGUUUCUUGGCAGCACAGAAGUGGAGCAGCCCAAGGGAACAGAAGUUGUCCGAGAUGCUGUAAGGAAAUUAAAGUUUGCAAGACAUAUCAAGAAAUCUGAAGGCCAAAAAAUCCCUAAAGUUGAGCUGCAGAUAUCAAUUUAUGGAGUGAAAAUUCUAGAGCCCAAAACAAAGGAAGUCCAGCACAAUUGCCAGCUUCAUAGAAUAUCAUUUUGUGCAGAUGAUAAAACUGACAAGAGGAUAUUCACUUUCAUAUGUAAAGAUUCUGAGUCAAAUAAGCAUUUGUGCUAUGUGUUUGACAGUGAGAAGUGUGCUGAAGAGAUAACUUUAACCAUUGGUCAAGCAUUUGACCUGGCGUACAGGAAAUUUCUAGAGUCUGGAGGAAAAGAUGUGGAAACAAGAAAGCAGAUUGCAGGGUUACAGAAAAGAAUUCAAGAUUUGGAAACAGAAAACAUGGAACUUAAGAGUAAAGUACAAGAUUUGGAAAACCAGUUAAGAAUAACCCAAGUAUCCACAUCUCCUGGAGACAAUGUGACACCGAAGUCACCUUCUACUGACAUAUUUGAUAUGGUCCCAUUUUCUCCAGCGUCACACCAAACAUCUGUACCUACUCGUAACGGUACACAGCUGCCUCCAGUACCUAGCAGAUCGACAGAAAUCCAACGGGACUUGUUUGGAGCGGAGCCUUUUGACCCAUUUAACUGUGGAAUAGGGGAUUUCCCUCCAGAUAUUCAAUCAAAAUUAGAUGAGAUGCAGGAGGGGUUCAAAAUGGGACUAACUCUUGAAGGCACAGUAUUUUGUCUGGACCUAGUAGACAGCAGGUGCUGAUGUCACGGAGAAGAAAUCCUGACCCAUCUUAAAGUUUUGUUUGUUUUUUUAACAUAUGCAUUGUGCAUUAUAAUUAUAUGACACAUAUUAUACACAUGCCAAUAUAUUUUUAAUAUGUUAAAAUUGUCCCAUUCAGUUUCCUCAUGCACUGUUCCUCUCUGUUGAUCUGAAAUGUUUUUAUUUUAAAAACAUUUCACUGUAAAGUAGAGCCUACAUUUAUGUUCCUUUGUGUUCUGGUAGUAGGUGAAAUUAUAAUUGAGACACAAAUUAUCCAGAUAUCUGCCUUGCCUUCUGUUCUGAAUGAUUGUCCCCCUUGAAAUGUUUGUCCUUCUAUAGUGUUGUUUAUUCACUUCCUGGAAGCCAUACCUAGAUACCUUUCAAAGUCUCGAAGAGCUUUGCCCGCGCCGGAUCGACUAUACUUUGUAUCUGCACCAAUACAUUUUACUGUUCCUUAGACAUGGCAUUUUAUGUGAUACGUAUGGCUUAUGGCAUUUGAAAAGUAUACACUUUGGACAUAAUGCAGCCAGAUCAUUUUCAGCUGGUAAAAUAACAUAAGUACAAACCCCAUUAACAAGCCAAAUGUUUUAGGGAAUGUGUAAAAGCAAGGUGGUGUGUUAGCUAUAACUAUCGGCUAUGCCCUGCAUAUUUAUUUAUUCUAUAAAUAUUGAGGAGAAAGAGGAAAUUUGCUACUUACAUCACACUUAAAAUUAAAUUUCAGUCUGAUUAGUUUAACUGGAAGCAUCCAACCAUCUGAUCUGAUAUCUCCUAAAAGUGCAUUUGGUGUCUAUAGUUGCAUGUCUGUUACCCAUAUUUUAUUUGCCAAAUAUAAUUAUUUUCAUGGAAUAAGAACUAUCCUCAUUUUUUUCUCCUUUGAUAAAUGUAUUUUCUCACCAAAGCUUUAUUUUGUUGUGCUCCGUAUGUUUUAUUGUGUUGAUAUCUGUGGUAACUAUUCUUGAUGAAUCACCACUGUUAACAAGGCAAAUUUCAUUUGUAUUUCUUUCUUUUUUUUAAUUCCCUUUUGUUGCCCUUGUUUUUGUUUUUUUUUUAAUUGUUGUUGUUAUUGAUGUCAUUUUUACUGGAUAGGACAGAGAGAAAUUGAGAGAAGAGGGGAAGACAGAGAGGGGGAGAGAAAGAUAGACACCUGCAGACCUGCUUCACCACCUGUGAAGCAAUUCCCCUGCAGGUGGGGAGCCGGGUGCUUGAACCGGGAUCCUUAUGCUGGUCCCUGCGCUUUGCACCACGUGAGCUUAACCUGCUGUGCUACCCCUCCCCCGACUCCCCUCAUUUGUAUUUCUUUUGUUGAGAACAAAAUCUCACUUUCCCACAAAAAUCCAGUUGCUGUUUAAUCUUUACUAUGAAUAAUAAAACUUUCUCAAUCUACUGAUCUCUGAUUGUUAAAAAUGUUUCUUAUACACUUACCCCACUGUGUAGCAGAUGGUAGUUUGUAGUCAGGGCAACAAAAAUUCAAGAUUAAAAUGUAUAAUUUUGUUUCAGCAUAUUAAAUGAAAAAGUAAAUAAUGAAAAUAUUAGCCUAGAUAGAUCUCAAAAACAGACUUACGGGAAUUUUCUUCAAGUGCUAAAGGUACAUUCUCACUAGGAAAAGAAAUCAUAUAUGCUUAUGCGAUAUAUUUGUAUGUCUCUCCAGAAUGUUCUAUGGUAAUAUAUAAGCCUUUUUACUUAUUUUCUGUUAUCUGAUAAGUUGUACCUUAAUUAGAAAUUAUUAUAUGUUUCAUAGAGAAGAGUGUUUAUAAUUUUGUCUGUCAUAGUAUUUUGGAAUUUGUAUAAGGAUGUUUAGAAGCCAUAUUACUGGCUUUUUUUUAAAGAUAGAAUUUGUAUUUUUAUUGUACUUAAAAAGCUUUAUGUAAUAGGUAUAUAUUUAGUGGCCAUUUGCUAUUGAUGGUAAUACAGUAGAGUAAUAAGUCAGUAUUUGCACACAUGAAAUAUGUUCCUUUACCAGUUUUUAAUGGUAAGAAAUUCUGCUAUGGGCAUGAUUAAAUAGUACAUAAUUGGUCAUUAAUUAUCAACAUUUCUUUCACUAGUGCAUUUUUAUGAAAAUCCAAUUGAAACUUGUAUUUCUAUGUAAACUCGAUGAUACGUUGAUUUUGCUGAGAAUAAAUGAUUUUAAAUAAA